CAACUGUGACACUGUCAUUGUCAGAGGAGAGGAAAGAACAACAAAAAAAAAAAAGAAAAAAAAAAACUGCUCUGCUUUGGAGACUGCAAAACUCCAAGCAACUCGACCAAAAAGAAUGCUUAUUUACAACCUUAACCGUUUUCCUUCAUCUUUUUCCCCAUUUAGGGUUUUGUUUUCUAGCUCUCAACUCCCCCCAUUUUCCCAUUUUUCUCAAAAUAAGCUACUUUUAAUUUGCCAGUUGCUGCUCAUAUUGUUCUACCACCUUGCUCAUAUUGCAGAGAGGUCUUCUGAGUUCUGACAGUACUUGUGUCUGUAUGCGCGUGAGUGGGUCAGGGAAGCAGCAUUGAAGAAUAACUUUACCAUUGUUAUUUCUUGUUUGUUACUUAUAAGAGAGGGUGAAAUAUGCAGACUCCAAAAGCGAGUAGGAAUGGCUCAUCAGAAGUGCUUCAGAGAACCUCUCCUUCCACGAAAUCUUCCCAAAAGUCAUCUCCCACGACAAUUCGGAUUGCUCGACAGCUCAAAACGGCCGGAUCAGGUUCUGGUUCAAUUGCUUCUCCAAAUUCUUUGAGCAAAAAAAGGAGUCCUAAAGCCUUGGAACGUGGGUCACCACGAACCCCAACGACUGAGAAGCAUACCCCCAGCAAAUUGUCAGAGGUACAAUCUCAGCUUGCUGAGCUCGAAGAUGAGUUUAAGAGGGCAAAGGACCAGUUGAUCUCAUCUGAAGCAGUAAAGUGGCGUGCCCAGCAAGAGUGUGAAGAAACAAAGAAACAGCUCUCAGUGAUGUCAGCAAGGCUUGAAGAGUCUCAACAGCAGUUGAUGCAGCUUUCCACUUGUGAGGAUUCUCGGGUUCAAGAACUUCGCAAACUCUCCCAAGAACGCGACCGAGUUUGGCAAUCUGAGCUUGAGUCUAUCCAAAAGCAGCACUCUAUGGAUUCUGCUGCACUUGCCUCUUCCUUGAAUGAGAUCCAAAAACUCAAAAGACAGCUUGAAAGGGUAGCUGAGUCUGAAGCAACCCAGAGUAUGAAUGCAGAAACAGCACAUGCUGAGAUUCAACAUUUAAGGGCAGAGCUUUCCGAAACUUUUUCACUGGUUGAAAAUAUGAGAAAGCAGCUUAACGACUGCAAAGGAUCUGAAGCUCACGCAAUGGAAGUGGCUAGAGAGGCCCACAUGCAAUUAGAGGAAACCAUAAAAGGUGCAGAGAAUCUGCGUUCUGAGGGCCUCAAGGCAAAGGAGGCGUAUAAUAGUUUAGUGUCAGAGUUAGAGCAGUCAAAAGCUGAAGUUACAUCAUUAGAGAACAUGGUCAGGAAACUCAUGGAUGAUUUGGAAGCUAGGAGCCAAAAUUCAUCAGGAGAGAUCAUGCCUAAGGAAGAUGGUGAAGAUGAGAAAGAUGAUACCAGUGAGCUCAAAGCUGAAAUCGAGUCUUUAAAACUAGAAAUUGAUCAGCUAAAGUCUGCGUUAGAAGCUUCCGAAAAUAGAUACGAGGAACAGUAUAUCCAGAGCACAUUGCAAAUUAGAAAUGCGUAUGAUCAAGUGGAGCGGGCAAAGUCAGACUCUAGUACUAAGGAGGCUGGUUUAGAGCAAGAAUUGAAGAAAGCAAAGGAUGCAAUUGAAGAGGUGAAAUCAGAGAUGAUGAGUAAAGAAACCAUGAUAAAGAAUUUAUCAGAAAGUAACAAAGAGCUAAUCAUCAAAAUUGAGGAAAAUGAGACAAGCCCGAAAAAGUCAGAACUUGAGAUUGAGCUUAAGAAGUUGAAGGCAGAUAUCCAGGAUCUAAAGGAAGCUUUGUUGGACAAGGAGACUCAAUUACAGCAUACCACAGAGGAGAAUGAGAUGCUAAAAGCGGAUAUACAGAGGAGAGAAGAGAGAAGAAGCCAAGUAAACCAGGAGGCUGCUGCUUUAGCAGAGGCAGCAAAGGCUGCAGAGAGUGAUGCGUUGAUGAAACUUGGAUGCGUAACUGAGGAGGCAGAUAAAAGUAGUCAGAGAGCCACAAGAGUUGCUGAACAGCUAGAUGCAGCGCAAACUGCAAAUGCAGAACUUGAAGCUGAGCUUAGGAGAUUGAAGGUUCAAUCAGACCAAUGGAGGAAGGCAGCUGAAGCAGCUGCCAAUAUGCUUUCAACUGGAAAAUUUGUUGACCGUACAGUUUCUCUUGAUAGCACCUAUAAUACUCUUGCUGCAAAGAUGGAUUCUCCUCUUUCAGAUGACAUGGAUGACGACUCAUCCAAAAAGAAAAAUGGUAACGUGUUGAAGAAGUUUGGGGUGUUGUGGAAGAAAGGUCAAAAGUAAGGCUGGUCCUAAAUGAUAACUUCUGUGCUGCUCUAAAAUAAUCUUUUUUCUAGAAUCUGUUUUAUGUUUUUGGUAGAAUAUGGCUUUGUAAUCGUGUAUACUGUUGGGAGGAUAAAAAUCUGUAGCGAGACAUCACAGAGGGUUUGUAUAGUUAAUUCUAAUCAUUCUAUUUCAAUUAGCUUAAUACAAAUUCAUUCUUGAGCUAA